AUGCAGCUGUCCAAGAUCUUCAGCAUCUCUGCGCUCCUCGCCGCUGCGUCGGCCACCACAGUGAGCUACGACACUGGCUACGACGACGCCGGGAGGUCGCUCACGGCGGUGUCGUGCUCGGACGGCGUCAACGGGGUGAUGUGGAAGUACAACUGGAAGGUGCAGGGCGACGUCAAGGGCUUCCCGUACAUCGGCGGGGCCGAGGCGGUCGGCGGGUGGAACUCGCCCAACUGCGGCACCUGCUGGGAGGCGAGCUGGAACGGCAACACCAUCCACAUUCUGGCCAUCGACCACGCCGCGGCCGGCCUCAACAUCGGCCAGACCGCCAUGAACGCCUUGACGAACGGCCGGGCGGCCGAGCUGGGCCGCAUCGAUGCCAACGUCAAGCAGGUGGCGCUCAGCGCCUGCGGGCUGUGA